AGGUUAGGUUAGGCGCGCUUUUGAAUAAAGUGCCUUUUGCCUAGAUUGUUGUAUCAGUUGUGCUCAGUGCUGUAUGUUGAUCUACUAAUUAAAUUAAAAGAACUGUCGAGCAAAUUAAAAUUUUUUGCAAGUUUGCAACGAAACUAAUCUUUUGUGUUAACACUUUACUUUAUUAUCUGAUCAUAUGUAUGUACAUAGUUCUGUGUUCAAAUCAACAUUGGACAAGGUUAACUAGUCGCGCGAAUCGGAUCCGCUGAACUCUAAAGCCGAAGGAAAAAAGACCCGAUCUGUUCAUGUAUCGAAAUAAACCCGUGAAGGGAUUUGUAUCCCCUUUCGUUCAACCGCGGACAACCGCGGACAAGGAACAUGACGUAAGUGAAAUAUCCGUGUGUCAAAAAGAAUCGUCGAGCGAUUUGGUGAGAGAGCCUCUCCGGAAUACCUUGAAAGUUUUGAACUUGUUCGAGAAGGAGACUCAGGAAAAUGAGGUCGGGCACGAUAAUGUCCGCUCGGAGAAUAAUCCAUCGAAGAAACGAAAUGCCAGUUCUCCAGUACGCGUGAAAGAAACGUCGGCCGUUGACUCGCCCCGAUCGACGACAAAGAUCGUUUUUAACGUGAUGUACGGCAAGAUAACUUCGAAAAAGCACAAAACAUGGGACGGCGACGGUUUGCUAGAAGUAACUGGGAAGAGUGCAAUUCUUAAGGAGUUGGAUGGUAAAGUUAUGGGAAGAACUACAAUCAAUCUGAGCAAUGUGGCAGAAGGCUCCAGAUUAAUCAUAGGAAACAAACAAAUAGAGAUUAUAGAUCGAGUAUCACAAGAGCUAUCUGUGCCAGAGAAGAAAUGCCUGGAAAUGGCAGUAGAGGAACCACUGCAAAAAAAACUUAAAACAUUUUCUAAAUGCGUAUUUCUGUUACCAAUGAAAAAUGAUAAUGCUGGAGCUGACGAGAGGAAAGAAUCAGUCGAUUCAUCUGAGGCGAAGACAAAAACCAUGUUCAACGUGAUGUACGGCAAGAUAACUUCGAAGAAACAUAAAACGUGGGACAGUGACGGUUUGCUAGAAAUUACUGGGAAACGCGCGAUUCUUAAGGAUUUGGAUGGUAACGUCGUGGGAAAAACUACAAUCAAUUCAAGUAAUGUAGUAGAAGGCUCCAGAUUAAUUAUAGGAAACAAGGAAGUUGAAAUUAUAGAUCAGGUGUCCCAAGAGCUGCUUGUAUCAGAAAAGAGUCUUGAGAAAACAGUAGAGGAGCUAUCAAGAAAUAAGUUUAAAGCAUCAUCUACACAUGCAUUUACACCCUUGUUUUCAUCCACACAAGGAUUGGCAUUGAAUAGCGAGCCUUUAGUGAUGCCAUACUUGAAUUCCACUGAAUGGAUAAAUCAAGAGGAGCAGGAAAUCUCGGUUGAUUCCUGUUUAGUGGCAAAGCUUAGAGAGCAUCAACGCCAUGGAAUUGUGUUCCUCUAUGAAUGCUUGAUGGGACUAAAAGUACCAGAUUAUUUUGGUGCAAUUUUGGCCGACGAAAUGGGCCUUGGCAAAACCUUACAAUGUAUUACAUUAAUUUGGACAAUGUUGAAAAAGGGUCCGUAUGGCCAACCGAUUGUGAAACGUGUGUUAAUAGUAACACCCAGUAGCUUGUGCAACAAUUGGGAAAAGGAAUUCAUAAAAUGGUUGGGCAGCCACAGGAUAUCUCCGUGUGUUAUAAGUGGAAAAAAUAAGCCCAAGGACUUUACCAAACAUCCGAGAAAUUCGGUGAUGAUUAUUAGUUACGAGAUGUUCAUUAAAUAUCAUACGGAGAUUAGUGAAAUUGCCUUCGAUUUGAUUGUAUGCGACGAAGGCCACAGACUAAAAAAUAGCAAUGUAAAAGCAGCAAAACUAUUACAGGAGAUAAAUUGUAAGAAACGAAUUAUUCUGACAGGUACGCCCAUACAGAAUGAUUUGAAAGAAUUUUAUGCACUGAUCGACUUCAUUAAUCCCGGCAUUCUCGGCACUCCUGCUGAAUACAAGAAUUAUUACGAGGAACCGAUUGUCGCAUCUCAGUGUCCUCAUGCCGACGAUGAUGUUCUCAGUCUCGGUAAUGAAAGAUCCACAGAAUUAUACGAACACACAAAAUCGUUCAUUCUGAGACGUACGCAAACGGCGAUAAACAAGUAUCUGCCGCGCAAAUAUGAAAUAGUUCUGUUUUGCUCCUUAUCUAAGAAACAAAAAGAUCUAUAUACUCUCGUUACCGACGCUUGGUUCAACAAGAUUUGUCUAGAAGACAAAAGUAAUAUGCAUUUGUCUAUUAUUACCGCUCUUAAAAAAAUCUGCAACCAUCCAAAUCUGUUCCUGAACGAAAAGGAGAACGCGCUGUAUGACACUUUAUCAAGAUCAUCGUGUAUAUCGCAAAUAAAACGGGACGAAAACUUUAUCGAGUAUUGCGGAAAAGUCACAAUUCUACGAACAUUAAUGAGAAAUCUAAAGAAGACUGACGAGAAGCUGGUGUUGGUCUCCUAUUACACACAGACGCUUGAUCUUCUUGAGACUAUAUGCAACAUGGAAGGAUUAAAAUUCUUAAGAUUAGACGGCACUAUUUCCACCUCUGCACGAUCAAAAGUCAUCGACCAAUUCAAUACGCCCACUGACAAUAGCAAAGUUCUUUUGCUAAGUGCAAAGGCAGGUGGCGUUGGCUUGAAUUUACCUGGAGCAUCCAGACUUGUGUUAUUUGAUUCCGAUUGGAAUCCUGCAUCUGAUAUGCAAGCAAUGGCAAGGAUCUGGAGAGAGGGACAGAAAAGGAAUGUUUAUAUUUAUAGAUUAUUGACCACAGGUACGAUAGAGGAGAAAAUUUAUCAAAGACAAAUUAGCAAAGCUAGUCUAAGUGAGUCGGUAGUGGAUUUGAAUCAUCUUGGAUCUUUAAAGUUAUCUACUGUGGAACUAAAGGAUUUAUUUACGUUGGCAAGCGAUACAAUUUCACUAACACAUGAUUUAAUGAAUUGUUGUUGUUCUGGCCGGAAUGAACACAUACUUACUAAAGAAUUGAUAGAGAAAAAUAAUGAAACGCGAGAUUGUCAACUUAUAUUAUAUGACAAACCAUCUCAACAAAAUUUGACGAUAAAUCAACUUCGAGAUUGGCAACAUUAUAAGCAGCCAAUUCCAUCUGACAUCAUGCAGGAUAUUAUGUUAACAGAAACAAGUGAUUAUAUAACAUUUAUAUUUAAAAAUUGUACAAUGUAAAAAGCAAUUGAUGUAAAUCACCAUAUAAAUUAUAAAUCACAAAAAUCCAUUAUAAAAUUA